AUUUCUUCUUGCUUCCGCGGCUCGCCAACGAGGAAGUCAAGUGGCACGCUAUUGGUCGGCGAGUCGGCGAGAGCGCUUUCCGAUUGGCCGCUCACGCUUCCGCUUGGCUUCGGACUGGCCCGCCAGCCGAGCGCGAAACGGCGCCGUCGUCGAGCCGAGUCCGCGCGAGCGUGCGACAUUUCGCCAAAAAGCAAACGCGAGGCAGCCCGUCGCGCCUUGCUUGUACGGCGACUAAGACGGGAGUUAGUCGCCAUUUGAAUGCUCCGAAAAACCGGCACGCGGAGUCGAGGACGCCGGUAGCUAACGCGGCUCGCUGCUAACGAGCGGGCGCCCAAAGGCUCCGCCCGCCCCUUCGUUUCUUUUCUUUUCUUGCUUUUUUUUGACGGUUGUUUUGUGCCGAAGUGUCAGUCAUCGAUGAGCUGCCCGGUCAACCUCCAGGCUCUGCAGGCUGCUGCUUUCCACCAGGUCCCCAGCCCCCGAAACGUGGGGGCGAGACCCGCCGGAAGGUCCCCGACGGUGCUCAGCUUCCCCAAAUCCAGAACUUGUUUGUGGGAUGAACGCCCCACCGGAGAGAAACUCUGCAUCCAGCUGUGCUCUCACAGAAUGCCGCGCCUCCUCCUGCGCGAGAAGGCCCUUCGUCUGGCUCAGCGUCACGCCCGCCGAUGCCACGCGUCUCCCGUCCGCUGCUUCUUCCUGGGCUCCGUGGUCGUCGACGCAGACGAGGAGGGCGUCACCGUGACGCUGGACCGCUUCGAUCCGGGGCGAGAGCGGGCCGCCGACCCGGACCGCGUCCCCGCGGCCGCCGUGCCGGGCGACGCGCUGGUUCCCUGCACGUUCUCGGGCCGGGAGAGCUCCGAGGACGUCAUCCAAUCGGAGGCUGAGCUGACGCGCUCCAUCUCCGCGCUGCGGGCUCACGUGAGCGGCCGGCAGCCCCUGGACCUGUGCCGGCUGAUGGAGGUGAAAGGUCGCGUGGGCUGCGAGCGGCGGGGAGACGCCGCGUCCUUCUGGCUGGGCUGGUCGUGCGUGUGCCCCUCCGUCCGCUUGGACGCGCGUCCGGUCCGCCCCGUGCCCGUCAUCCCCACCGCGCUGCUCAGGAGUUUGAGCGGGGCGACCGGCCGCCGGCGAGGGUUUGUGACGAUGGAUCAGAGCAGGAAGUUGCUGCUGCUGCUGGAGUCGGACCCCAAAGCCUCCAAACUGCCGCUGGUUGGCAUCUGGCUGAGCGGCGUGAGCCACGUGUCCAACCCUCACGUGUGCGCCUGGUGUCUCAGGUUCCUCUUUGGCUCCGCCCUCCAAGACAGGUUGGUGACGUCGCAGCAAGCGCAGGCGCCCAAAGCAGCGCCGCCACGUUUUUGUCGCGCGCUCGUCAGGGUCCUGUCGGAGGACGGCGCUUUCCUGCUGGUCACCUUUGCCCCCCCGCGGGCGGCGCCCGCCUUCUUCCGGUGUCGGCCUUGCGCGUCCGCGUCCGCCCCCGCGCGGCUGGAGUGCCGGCUGCUGAGCGCCCGGCGCCGCGUGACGCUCUGCCAGGGGGCGGCGGCGGAAGGUCGGCCUUUGGAGUUCCAGCUGAUCCCGGAAGGCCACCCGAGGCAAAUCUGCGCCUUCCGAGACGCCCGGCGCUCCUUGGGCAGUGACAGUCCUCCUCCUCCGACGGCGGCGGCGGCGACAUGCGUCAGCGAGCAAGACUCUGGCGUGCAGGAGGACGAGUGGUCACCCCGACCUUCGCCUCGCCCCCACUUUCCUGCACAGCAGGCUCCUCCCGUUCAGCCGGCCGUUCCGGAACUUUCUCUGUUGAUGGACGGCGGCCCCCCCGGCGCCGAGGACGACGGGGAGCGCGAUCCUCCUCUCCUCCACAGCACCCCCGACCCUCAGCGGACCCCCCCGGCGCCCGAGCCUCUUCGCCCUCCCGCCUCCUGUGAGACGGAAUCGCACCAUGUCCAGCGCUUCCUCUGGCAAAACCAGCAGCUGCGCCUCCUGCAGGCUCAGGUGCAGAUGCUGCUGGAAGCUCAGGCGGUCCGGCCCGGCCGCGAGACCAAGGGCGCCCGGACCAGCAGCAGCGUCGCCGUGGCAACGGGUGCCAGUCUCCUUUGGGGCGCUCAGACUCCGCCUCCCCUGGCGCUCCCUCGCGCCCUCGCCUCGCCCCCCCGGGAAGACGACGUCGCGGGCCGGGGGCCGCCGGUCGAGACGGAGCCCCGCUUUUACGGCGAGCACGCACACGUACGUGAGGGCGCCGCGUGCGGACGGGGAGCGGCCGAAGUGACGAGCGACACCCCGGCGUCCCAGAAGAAGGGGCGCGGCGGCAGUGCAGAGGACCAGGAGGUCGUGACGGCGAUGUCGCAGCAGGACAGCGCACCAAGCGACCCGGACGGGACGGCCGUUUUGCUGCAGUACCUGAAGCGCUGGGCGCCGGGCGACGCCGGCUCGCCGGGCCCCGCCCUCUCGCCGCUGUCGCCGAGCAACAUGUCGGUGGCCACGGCGACUUACAUGCGGCGUCACGGCCUCCUGGCGGGCCCGCUCCAGCUCCCCCCGGAGAGCCGGUCCAUCGGGGAGGCGGCGGCGCCCGACGGCGACCAGGAGAAGCCCGAGGCCGGCCGGCCGCCGGCGCCCGCGGACGCCGACGCCUCGGUGGGCAACAUCCUGGACCUCAGUCGCCUCAGAAGGCUGCCCAAGCUCUUUUAACGCUCAGGUGCUUGCUUUUAAUUUGAAAGGGUCUCUUUUGGCUCGCGCUAAUAAAGUGCUUUUUCUUUGAAA